GAGUUUCUUCACAAGGUCCCGCCUGCUCCGCCACCAGAUGAUCCACACGGGGGAACGGCCCUAUGAGUGUGGGGAGUGUGGGAAAGGCUUCAGAGACACCUCGGAUCUGCUCCGCCACCAGACCGUCCACACCGGGGAGCGUCCCUAUGAAUGUGGGGUGUGUGGGAAGGGCUUCAGCACCAGCACCCAGCUGAGCGUGCACCAGAGGAUCCACACCGGGGCACGGCCCUACGAAUGUGGGGAAUGUAGGAAGACCUUCAGCGCCAAGUUCAAUUUGAUCCGCCACCAGAAGACCCACACCGGGGAACGGCCCUACGAGUGUGAGGAAUGUGGGAUGAGAUUCACCGCCGGCUCCAGUUUGAUCCGCCACUGGAUGAUCCACAGUGGGAUACGACCCUAUGUGUGUAGGGAAUGUGGGAAGCGCUUCCGUGACCGCACUUGCCUGGUCAUCCACCAGACAAUUCACACCAGGGAAUGUUCCUACACGUGUUCAGAAUGUGGGAAGAGCUUCAGCCAGCGCUCCAACCUGAUCAUCCACCAGAGGGUCCACACCGGGGAGAAGCCCUACACGUGCUCAGAGUGUGGGAAAAGCUUUGCCCAGAGCUCCAACCUUCUCGGCCACCAGACGAUACACGCUGUGGAGAGGCCCUAUGAGUGUCCUGAGUGUGGGAAGAAGUUUAAGAGACGCUCCACUCUCCUCAUGCAUCAGCAGAUCCACACAGGAACAAGGCCCUUUCGCUGCCCCGACUGUGGGAAGGGCUUCCAUAAGAAUUCCACCCUCCUGACCCACCAGCGGACCCACAGCAUGGAGGGACCCUAACAGUGUCCCCAGUGUGGGCAGAGCUUCUCCCAGAGCUCUACCGUGAGCCAACAGCAAGGGAGGGCCCGGUAAGGGAAGCCCUGCGCGUGCCCCGCGUGCGGGAAGAGCUUCGUGCGCUGCCCCAGCUCCAUCCUGCUCUGGAUGAUCCCCAGUGAGCCUCGCUGGGCAGGGACUCGGUGAUCCGUGCUCCUGGUGAUCCGUGCUGGGAAGACACCUGGCUGGUGGUGUCCACAUCUCCCUGGCUCCCUGUGCUCACCUGGAUGCAACAGGAGCUCAAGGGAGCACGGCCAUGGACAGUGACACGGGGAGCCACGGACAUGGGUGGGGAAAUGAAUGGGGACAUGGUGGGGACAUGGACAUGGGUGGGGACAUCAAGGGACACGGGCAUGGAUGGGGACAUGGAGAGCCAUGAAUGGGGUCAGGGAAUUGGGUGGGAACAUGGGGAGCCAGGAAUGGGGACAUGGUGGGGACAUGGGUUGAACUUCCAGGGGAUGUGGGGGAUGAUGGGUUUGUGUGCACAUCGGCCCAGUGCUGCUAAUAAACACUUUCUAACCCUAAAACGUUUAGAGAGUUUGUCUGUCCCAGCUGGAUAUUGAUACUGGAUCAUAUCCAUAUUUUGGUAAAUCAGCUGAACUUCUCUGGGGGCCUCUGAAGCUGCAGCAGGGACAGAUGUCCCCAAGGAGCUUGUGCUGGUGACAUCAGGGCUCUUGAGCAGGCUGGAGGCAGCCCUGGAUGUCCCCAUGGAGCCCCUGGGACUGCUGGUGAGCUCAGUGUUCCUCUGAGCAUACUGGGAUGUGACAAUGGCACCUGUGUGACCAUCUGUGACACCUCUUCUUCAGCCUGGCGGGCUCUGGGAUGUGACAAUGGCACCUGUGUGACCAUCUGUGACACCUCUUCUUCAGCCUGGCGGGCUCUGGGAUGUGACAAUGGCACCUGUGUGGCCAUCUGUGACACCUCUUCUUCAGCCUGGAGAGCUCUGGGAUGUCACCGUGGAGCCCCUGUGAGGUCCUGUGACAUCACGGCUGCUCAGUGCCCUGGAGACAGCCCUGGUGUCCCAAGUGUCAUCCCGUGAGCUCGGUGUGCUUUGGCAGCUGGGAGAGCCCUGGUGUGGACCUGAUUUUUCUGAGUCUCAGAGAGCUCCAGCCUGUCAGCGGCUGAUCUUUUCCCAAGGGAAAGUCUCUUGAGAACAUCUCUCUUUCACAGACAAUUUUUGUAAAUAAUUUCAUUUUCU